GUGUGCACAUUUAGAGUGAGGGCACAGCCACAGUCAGUCAUGUUUCAGGAGAUUCUAAUUGCACUAACCUGAAACCUAAUUGCUAACAACUGCAAAGUGGUUGUGGAGUCAGUACAUUUAUAUUUUAGGUCUCAGUUGUAUAUUCUCGGGCUCCUCCUGAUAUGGUUUAUCAGGAUAUCCCAGAUUGGUCUGGUGUGCUGUGGGCAUGAUGUGUGUGGUGUGGCUGUGAUGCAGAGUUUUUUUUUUUUACCCCAGAUACUGCACAUGGAACAUUGAUCAUCCAUAGGGAGAGACCUUUUACACUCUUAAGCCGAUCAGGGGUGAGAAAAUAAUCACAUGGAUCUGCCAGUCUGUUUGAAUCCUAACUGUACUUCCAUAAAUGCAGGAAAAGCAUAAAGAUACUGCUACUCUUCUGUGUUUUUACUGAAAAAACAGUAAAAUGAUUUAAUGAAUUUCUGAAACAUCUGUAAACCUUAAAAGUCUGUGCUCCAACAUAAAUGACAUUGAAUACAAGUUUUAUAAUGUAAUAAAACUUUAUCAUUUAUACUGUAGACUUAUGAUAUUUUCCUUUGGUCUGAAACAACAGAUUGUGAAAAGAAAAAUCAAAGUUGGUUUCAACAUAAUCUGAUUAUUUUUGUACACAGAAAUGAUCAGGCAAUGGGGUAGUUUCCGGCUACGAAUUGCCAUUUAAAACCAUCAUGUAUGCCCCAGAUUCUGAUUGUAAUUUCUGUAAGCCCUAAUAAAAGUGAAAGCGAUGUUAGAUUCGCUUUUAAUGUCUACAGACGUAGAUCGGAAGAUCCCUCUGGCUUCCAAAGGGUGUCAGAAGUAAAUGGAAUUUACGCAUGCGCAAUGUGUUACAACGGAGGUGUGCGCUUGCCAUCUAGGAACUUCUGUAUGACAAAUUUUAACUGUUGUACAUAAACAGUGCUGUUUCUGCAAAAUGCAACUACUUCUUGUACGAGUCAACGUGUCUGGAUGAGAUGUUGCUAUAACUGCACAACUGCCGUUUGCCCAUGGUGCCUUGCGAAAUAUUAUGAUACGGAAGCACGAAUGAACGGCAACUUUCGCAGACGCUUCAUUGCAACGUUUUUCAUUUGAAAGUUUUUGUUCCGCGCCCUUGGACUGACAGAGAAGGCUUGUAAAUUCGGAGACCGGACAUGGCGGACAGCGGUGAGACGCCGGAAUGCGCUGUCGAACCCAAAAUCAUUAAGGUGACAGUGAAGACUCCGAAGGAGAAAGAGGAGUUUGCAGUGGCAGAAAACAGCACCGUCAAACAGUUCAAAGAGCGAAUCUCCACGCGAUUUCAAGCACGAGCGCAGCAGCUGGUUCUCAUCUUCGCCGGGAAGAUCCUGAAAGACUCGGAUCUGCUGACUCAACACGGCAUCCAGGAUGGAGUGACUCUCCACUUAGUCAUCAAGGCGCAGAGCAGGUCCCUGGACCCCGCAGCUCCCCCCUCCAGCAGCAGCGUGGCCGUGUCCCCGGACCCUGGGAGCACAGCCCCCCCAGCCCCCACCUCCUCCUCCAGCACCCCAGCCAGCUUUGGUGGGCUGGCCGGGUUGGGUCCGGGCUCGGGUAGCUUUUGGGAGCUGCAGGUGCAGAUGCAGAGGCAGCUCGUGUCGAACCCAGAAAUGAUGGGACAGAUCAUGGGGAACCCGUUUGUGCAGAACCUGCUGACGGACCCGGACCUGAUGAGGCAGCUGAUCCUGGCGAACCCCCAAAUGCAGCGGCUCAUCCAGCGCAACCCCGAGAUCAGCGGCAUGCUGAGCAACCCUGACGUCAUGAGACAGACGCUGGAGCUGGCACGGAACCCUGCCAUGAUGCAGGAGGUGAUGCGUACUCAGGACCGGGCGCUUGGCAACCUGGAGACCAUCCCUGGGGGGUACAGCACCCUCCGCAGGAUGUGCACGGAUGUGCAGGAGCCCAUGAUGAGCGCCGCCCAGGAACAGUUUGGGGGGGGCCCUUUGGCUCCGCUGGGGAGUAGCAGUGACACCACGGCUCCACCCUCUCGCUCUGAGAACGGAGACCCUCUGCCCGACCCCCCCGCCCCGCCCACAUCCUCAACCUCAACAACACGCCCGGCUACACCCGCGCCUUCUGCGCCCACCUCCAGCCCCGCCCCACCUAAUGUGGGAUCUGUCCUGGGAGGUAUGCUGAGCACUCCGGGGAUGCAGGCUCUGCUGCAGCAGAUGGCUGAGAACCCGCAGCUGAUGCAGAGCAUGCUGUCGGCCCCCUACAUACAGAGCCUGAUGCACAGCCUGAGCCAGAACCCUGAGCUGGCAGCACAGAUGAUGCUGAAUAAUCCACUGUUUGCGGGGAACCCACAGUUGCAGCAGCAGAUGAGACUACAACUCCCAGUGUUCCUGCAGCAGAUGCAGAACCCAGAAAUACUCUCUGCCAUGUUGAAUCCGCGCGCCAUGCAGGCGCUGAUGCAGAUCCAGCAGGGUCUCCAAACCCUCGCCAGCGAGGCGCCCGGCUUCAUACCCGGGAUUGGAUUAGGAGGACUGGGCGGAGUCAGCAGCUCUGCCCUCAUCCCUGGCCCCGCCCCCACAGAGCCUGAAACUGGCUCAGAGGUGGACCAGCAGCGGUUUGUGCAGGACAUGCUCCAGGCCCUCGCUGCCACAAACCCACAGGUGAGUCACAGCCCUUUUUAUAUGCAAACAACAGGUAAGUGUGCGCUGAUCGCCACCGGCGGUGACAUCACUGCCGCCAUCGAGCGCCUGCUGGGCCCCCAGCCCUCCUAGCCCCGCCCCUCCCCUCAUGUCUUAAAAACACACUUGGUUCAUCUCUGUCAGGCUACAUCAGUCCUUGGAUAAAAGCAUUUUAGUGCACCCAGCACCAUCCAUCACCCCUCCCAGCCCAGCCCUUACAGGGCUGGAUUGGCUAAAAGCAGCAGAACACACAGGAUUGCUACAAACACACACACACACACGUACUAUUCACACACAAACACACACACAACACACACACUCACGCGUGUUAUAUUCACACACAUACCCACACACACACACACACACACAGGUGUGUGUCCCUGUCUCUCCCUGCUCAUUAACCCCGCCCGCUGGAGCGACAGUCAUACCUGCUUUAAAUUCAGCCAAUCGCCAGAUGACGGCUGCAGUGACACGCUUGUUUAAACCACGAUUUCUCCGGCAUUAACCGAGCCUUAAACUCAGACAGCCGUGUAUUUAUUCAACUGUUAAUGCUGGUUAACACUGACCUUUGGGAAUGAGGAGGGAAAAGCGAUAAGCUGCAGGCAGGCCUGUGAAGUUCACUGCCCGUGAAGGACGGACUGCGCCGAUUGGAUGGUGUAAAAGCACAAGCGUGUCUAUUGGACGAGGGUACGGAACUUCAGCUGUGCUGGCCGGACAAGCCCUCGGGGGAUAACAGGGAGUCUCCCCCUGCUGGUCGGGAGUUUAGAAAUGUGUCAAAUGUGAAAAUCCUCUUUGCUUUUAAACUGCCUGUAUAAACAACACUAGCAAUUGUAGUAAUUAUGCACAUCUUGAGUUUUAAGGUGCUUUCACCUGUGCACAGGCAAAUAAAGUGGAGUGGAAAGA